AGUGUUCGAGCCUCCAUUCGAGACUACCACCCUGAUUUUUGUAUUACCACUUGUUCAUGGCCCUCAUUCCUUUACAGGAACGGACACUAUGACCCCCAGAAUCCUGCCAAUGGUUUGUUUAAAGGUGAACUACUUAUAAAGGCAUUCAAACAUAUUUUCACCUCUCCGAGUUCCACAGAUGAGGAACCUGUUGACUCAGUGACUCAUUCUGCACAGAGCAAGAAUAGUGGUGAGCAUUGCACUCAGCGCGACGUUUCAACACUACUCAAUAUGAGAUCUAUCCAGCCUCGAGCUGUAGCCUAUGUGUCCAUUCAGCUAAGAUUUGUGCUGUCAAGUGCAGGAUCUUGGUGCAUUGUUGAUGACGAAUUCAACAACCAAGAAUUCUAUGACAACAUCAUUGACUACCUUGAGCUUCCUCCAACGCCUGAAGCAGCGAAAGAAGUUGAUGACCUCUUGCUUUGGUGGAAU